UAAAAUAGUUGAAUGUUCUUCGGUAGCUAAUUGGCUCUUUUCCAAAGAGAUGUCUUCAGAAUUUCCCAAAGCUUAUAUAUGGGAGAUACUUCAUUUAACAAUACGUAAAAUGAUUCGUUAUGUGACUAAUCAAGAAAAACAAGUAAAUGAUGCUAAAAAGAAACUUCAAAAGGAAGAUGAUGCUAUGGAAGAAGACGAUGAAGAAGAUUCCAAUCAUGUACGACCAUCAGAAGAAAUGAUUGAAGAAAUGGAAGAAAAAUUAGAUGCUGCCCAGAGUGAUUUAAAAAAUUUAUUCUUAAUUAUUUUCCAGAGGUUCAUCAUGCUUUUGACAGAACAUAUAGCUCGUUGUGAAGCAGAAGGUGUGGAUUUCAACAAUUAUUGGUUUAAAGCCAUAUUAGGUCGACUACAGGAAGUAUUUUUUCAGCAUCAUGAACAAGUAUUCAAGUAUGUAGAUACCUUAGAGACUCUUCUAUUUACGAGUGAUAUAGACCAUCACAUUCUGUCCAUAUUUCAACAAUUUUGUGCCCUCAAAGCAUAAGAAUACUUUCAACUGCAUUU